CACGUCAUAUCCAGACCUAGCGGCUGUACCCGGGCCGUUGACGUUGUAGACGUAGGCCUACGUACUUCGCAAAAAAAGAUUCUAAAUCAACUAAAACGAAGCGAAUUUCGGUACUUCUUUUGUAGCAAAAAAGUUCUUGAGAGUUUGAUAGAUCCAUCAAGAAAUGAUUAUACUACCUGUCUACCCAAAUGAGUUCGUCAGAGGGCACUAAUCCAGUCUCUACGCAUCCAGUACCCCAUUUGAGGCAUAGAAAAGGCAAGAUUGGAGAUACAAUGGUUCCAAGGGUAUUGGCCAGUUCAGCCUUAGAUGGCCAGUCAUUGCUUCCACUUCCAGAGGAUAGAGGAAAAACGAAUGCAGAUGAUUAUCAAACAAAUGACGACAGAGGGAACGGAAGUGAUCCUCAUGCCAAGUAUAGACUUCACAAUGGCCUCCCACCAAAUAGUAGUUCUGAUGCAGACCAUGACCCCGAUGGCAUUGAAAUUGAGACAAGCUUUACUGAGCCAUUGCUUGGAAUCACAAGAUCAAGUGAUGAAGAUGAUGAAGGUGAUGGUGGAUUGUCCACCUUCAUGCAAGAGAGAGAGCAUGCAUCAUAUCCCAAAGAAUCCUCAUGUGGCAUCGCUGCUCAAGUGCUUCUUCCUUUUCUUAUUGCUGGCUUUGGAACAGUCUAUGCAGGCCUUGUUCUUGAUCAUGUUCAGCAUUGGAGUGUAUUUGUUCAAGUUACAGAGUUGUUUAUUCUAGUGCCAUCAUUACUGGGUUUGAAGGGAAAUCUAGAAAUGACAUUAGCUUCAAGACUAUCAACUGCUGCUAAUCUGGGUAUCAUGGAUGAUAGAAAGAAAUUGCAAGAUAUGAUCCUGGGAAAUAUGGCAUUGACACAGUGUCAGGCCCUGGUUGUUGGGUUCCUAGCUUCAACAGCAGCAGUAAUAUUUGGAUGGAUUCCCGAUGGAGAGUUUGAUAUCAAUCAUACUUUGCUUUUAUGUGCUAGUAGCAUGGUCACAGCUUCACUAGCUAGUGCAGGAUUGGGUGCUAUCAUGGUAGGAGUUAUUAUAUUAUCACGCAAGUGUAAGAUCAACCCAGAUAAUGUAGCUACACCUAUUGCAGCAAGCCUUGGAGAUCUAAUCACUUUAUCCCUUCUUGCCUGGAUUAGUAAUCUCCUAUUCAAAGCUAUCGGAAAGCAGCACUGGUUAGCACCAACUAUCAUUAUAUUCUUCUUUUUAUUGGUACCUCUGUGGGCAUUCUUAGCUAAGCGCAAUGAGUACACAAGAGAUGUGCUUUACAAUGGAUGGUCACCUGUUAUUGCUGCCAUGAUGAUUAGCAGCAUCGGAGGGCUUGUAUUGGAUAUUGCAAUCCGUAGCAAUGAGGGUGUUGCUGUGUUCAGUCCUGUUAUUAAUGGAGUUGGAGGCAACCUAGUCGCAGUGCAAUCAAGCAGAAUAUCUACGCAUCUUCAUGGUAUUGGUAGUCUAGGUACUCCAGACCCAGAGAGAAUCAAGAAAUGCAACUCACCCUUUACAGUUUUCUUUGGAAAAGAUAUGCAUUCCCGGUCAGCCCGAGUGUUGAUCAUGAUGGUCAUUCCUGGUCAGCUUAUCUUCCUCUAUUAUAUCUCCUAUAUGAAUGCUGGUCACUCAUCUAUAACUCUCAGAGUUACCUUCAUGUAUAUCGUUGUAUCUCUCAUUCAGGUGGUAAUCUUGCUUCAGAUAGCUGAUUGGAUGGUUUACUAUCUAUGGGGAAAGAAACUCGAUCCUGAUAACUUUUCUAUCCCAUACCUGACUGCUUUAGGCGAUCUCCUAGGUACCGCUCUCCUUGCUCUUGGAUUCCUGAUAGUCUGGUUACUUGGAGAUAGAGACUUAGACAUUGGAGAUUAAUACCUCAUUAUUUCAAAGUCGAUAGGGAUGCAAGUUUCAGGCAGAAUUACAACGAUUGGCAAUGCAAUGUCACUGUGGAUUUUAUGUAUAGACAAUCAUGUUGGUGGUCCUGAAUCAUUUCAUUCUUUGGUUUAAUGAUGCUCAUACAAAUAUUGAAUUUUAGUAUCUUGACAUUGAUAAAAUGAAGUAUGCUUAUGGCAUUUAUGUCAUAUGAAACUGAUAUUUACUGGUAAUUUUGUUUCUACCAAUAUCAAUACCAAUAUAAAAAACCUGUUAAGUGGAAAAUUGUUGGAUUAGAAGAUAGGAACAUACCAGACAGGCACAUAAACCAUCAAAAUAUUGGUUGAUAUGCCCUGAUUUAGGAAAGAUUUUUUUUUAUACAAGCUGAGUCCAUCUGUUUCAAGCUAUAAAGAAGAUUUCUGUGUACCAAAUAACGUUCCUGAAGUUAUCUUGUGGCCAUGUAAUCAUUGUCAACUUGAGAGUGUUUCAUUAAGCUUUUAAGUUAUGCACAGCUUUAUGCAUGUAUUGAUUCACUGGAAUAUGGAGUGCUAAAACAUGAGGUCAAAGUUUUUCAUUGAAUUCCAGUAAAGUUUGAUAUUACUUUGAAUUAUCUCAUUGAAAAUAUGGACAAUUAUAUACUUUGCACUAUCGAGUUUAAAUACAGUACCAAAGCGAUGACGUCAGUUGCCAUGGUGUCAAGGCAGCCUGGUUCUAAACAAAUGAACCAGUUGAAUGAAAGCAUGUGAUACUCAUAGGAGAAAAUGGCUGCUAUCAGAAUUUUAUCACUUGCAACCUUAGAACCAGCCCGCCAUGACACCAUGGCAAUUAACGUCACACUUCAGUACUCUAUGAAUAUAGUGUAAGUUAUACCAUAUUUCAACUUGGCACAACAAGAAUGUGAUUAAGAAUAAUUGACACCGAAGAGGCUUGCCAUAUUGCAGUCUUUCAUAAAGUUUUGAAGUUUUGUGUUAACUUUACAAAGAGCUUGAUCAAACAGCCUUUAUGGAAUUGGGAAGUGAAUCAGGCCACCCAGCUAAGCGGGGUAAUAUUACUCAAGUAUUUUGAAUACCCGGUUUUACUGACUCUGUAUAAAUUAUAUAUUUAUAUUUUCUGUAGUACAAAUGAUUAAAUAUUUUAGUUUUACCAGAGGAAAAACUUUUAUUUUGAAAAUUAUGAAUUGUGAAAUCCUUUUCAUUAAUGCUUAGUCUGUUUAUAACAAAAUUGUCAGAAAUUGAAUGAUUAAAGUGAAUGUCGGGCAGCAACGAAAUGUACGAAUGUAUUUUCUUUUUAUUAUUGAAUUGAAAACCAUUCUUGUAGGAUUCUACGCAAGUAUCUUUAUGUAUUUUCUGAACCAUCCUUAAUGACCACAUCUCUCUAUCAUGAGUAAUACAUGUUUCUGCAGUAUCAGUGAUUUAAUUUAUUUCCUUGAAGAUUAUAUCAAGCUCUUCUUGACUUAGUUGAUUUAGUAAAUAACAAUUUAUAUUUUGUAAUUUUUUUAAAUAAAUUUUGUACACAGAAGUUCCAUCAAUGAUUUGCUAGAUAUUUCUAGGUUUCACUAAUGAAGAGAUUGAUAGAGUGGUACAAUUAUUUUAUUUGAGUAUUUUUUAUCAUUUCAGAUAUUCUGUGUAUUGCAGACUUCAGUUUUCAUGGUAUUCAUGUGCAAUGUAGUAGUAUAUAUUUAGUAAUCCCUUUGUCAUUAUCAAAGUGAGACACCAGUCUUCCACAUUUGACUAUAUCUGAUCAAGGACGACACAAGUCGUUAUGAAGGGCAGUAUUGUAUAUGUUGUCAUGUACUGUCAAACUGUAUUUUUCAUGUUUUUUUCUGAUUUCUUUUGUUUUGUUAACAAGGUGGUGAUUCAUUAUUAAGAUAUUUGUAGAGUUAUAUUUAUGAAUGACAGGAGAAUGAAAUGCUAAAUUUAGUUUAAAUCCCAGCAUACACUAAGAUCUGAUUGCAACAAAAUGGCAGAGUGUGAGCCAACCUGCAGUGCUGUGCAGCCAACUUGUUGCAGAGAACUCACUGACCAAAUGUCUGAGAACAGUGCAUGGUGGAGGCACCAUGCAUGGACAUUCUGAAACCCCAUGGACACGCAUGGUAUCUGCUUGUCAAUGGAAGUGGCCCCUCUGAGGAGUGCAUUUGACACAUAAAGAUCAUGUCUGCUGAAAGUUUUAUUAUCCUGGUGUGGUGGUACCCUUAUUGCUACAUCAUGGAUAGAUCUUGUUGAAUACCUUACAGCUUGGCUUACUUCUCGUCAUGUCUGUCUGAACUAAAGCAUUUGUAAUUGAAUUCGCAGCUGAAUCAACGAUAAGGGUUUGAAGCUGGAGCAAUGUUACUAACUUUUUAACAAGCUCAUUCAUGUUCAU